UAGAAAAGAAUAUAUCGCAAGAUAAAAGACCACUUGUCGACAUGUAGUUUAGUUGUAAAUAUAGUAGAUGAACAAUAGGUCUAGAGUGCUGAUUGCAGUUUUCAUUAAGCAGAAUAUCCCGUUUAUAAAAAUGUGUAAGAGUGAAUGAUGGUUUAUUUAAUCCGCAUGCAACUUUGCUAAAUCAACCAAAACAGCCUUGUCCAAUUUCGCCGUUAAUAUUGCUGCGAUAUGAAAGCAGCGGCAUUAUAAAUAUACCUAGUUAUUGCUUAAAUAAAAUAAAUUUUGUCAUUCGACAAAAUAUGGACGCUCAAGAACAACCGGAAAAGGUGAUCCAACAUCUCCCCAUUGAUGAUCCAGCUAUGGCCCAAAGAAAGAGAAGAAAUAAAAUUAGAUCUUUGGUUGCGUACUGGAUUUUGGGAUUGUGCAACAACUAUGGAUAUGUAGUUAUGUUAACUGCCGCUGAUGAUAUAAUUGGAAAUACUGAAUCUGAUAGCACAAGCAAAGUAAGAGAAAACUGCAAAUAUUUGUCAACUGGAGCUAUCUUGUUAGCUGAUAUAUUGCCCUCGUUACUGAUUAAAUCUGUUGCACCUUUUAUACCCUUUAUAGUGCAUUUAAGAGUAGCAUUAUGUGUCUUGCUUUCUGCCUCUGGGUUUAUUGCUGUAGCAUUGGGUGGAUCCCUUUUUAUAUCAAUUUUGGGAGUGAUUCUUACCUCAUUUUGUUCGGGACUAGGAGAGGUCACUUACCUUCAGUACAGCUCCUUUUACAAAAAAAACGUUGUUUCGGCAUGGAGCUCAGGAACCGGAGGGGCAGGCGUAAUAGGUGCGCUUUCUUACACACUUUUGGAACGAAUUGGUAUGCAAACUACAUUGCUAGUGAUGCUGAUUAUCCCAGCUAUGACCGCAAUUUCAUUCUGGAUUAUUUUACCAAAGCCAUCCGAAGAAGAUAUAGCUGAAGCUCUAGAAAUUCAAACGAAAAUCAACGAAGAUGAGUUGAAAAGUCCGAAAGAAUCUUUCAUUAAAAAGAUAAAACUGCUACCAGGUCUAAUGAAAUAUAUGAUCCCGUUUGGUCUCGUGUACCUAUUUGAAUACUUUAUUAAUCAAGGAACGUUUGAAAUUAUCCAAAUCCCCAAUUCUUUGAUAGCUGAAUCAUCACAGUAUAAGUGGCUACAAGUGACUUACCAAGUAGGCGUAUUUAUAUCCAGGUCAUCUGUAAGCUUUUGGCAUAUAAAACAAACAUGGAUUAUGGCAGUAUUUCAGGCCAUAAAUGUAAUAAUUUUCACAACGGAAGCUAUAUACUAUUAUAUACCAAGCUUCUAUAUAGUGGUGGCUUUGGUUUUAUGGGAAGGACUCCUAGGAGGCUCUUCUUAUGUAAACACCUACUAUAGAAUAGCCCAUGAGGUUAAACCGGAGGAUAAACAAUUUUCUAUGGCGAUAACGGGAUUCGCAGAUAGUGCCGGGAUAGCAUUGGCAGGCAUGUUUGCUAUUUUGGCACAUAAUGCAAUCUGCAAUACUCCUCAACCCAGCUAGUAUUACAUAAGUUAUUAUCCAUUCACAUUUUUGUCCAUGUUUCACGAGUAGUAGAAAAUAAAUAUACACUAUUUUUA